CGGAGACUCUGUGCCCGCCCGCCAGCCCGCCAGCCCGCCAGACGCAAGGAAGCCGAGAGGCCCCGAGGAGACCAUGUCCGAGACGGCGCCCGAAGCCCCCGCGGCCGCUGCGCCGGCAGCCAAGGCGCCAGCAGCCAAGAAGGCCAAGAAACCCGCGGUCGCCGCCAAGCCGCGCAAGGCUGCCGGGCCCAGCGUCACCGAGCUGCUGACCAAGGCGGUGGCCGCCUCGAAGGAGCGCAACGGGGUGUCCCUGGCGGCGCUCAAGAAGGCCCUGGCGGCGGCCGGCUACGACGUAGAGAAGAACAACAGCCGCAUCAAGCUGGGGCUGAAGAGCCUGGUGGGCAAAGGCACGCUGGUGCAGACCAAGGGCACGGGCGCCUCGGGCUCCUUCAAGCUCAACAAGAAGCAGCAGGAAGGCAAGGACAAGGCGCCGGUCAAGAAGAAGCCGGCUGUCAAGAGCAAGAAACCCGCCGCCAAGAAGCCGGCCGCCGCCAAGAAGGCGCUCAAGAAGCCCGCCGCCAAGAAGAGCCCCAAGAAGGCCGUCAAGAAGCCGGCCGCGGGGGCCAAGAAGGCGGCCAAGAGCCCCAAGAAGGCCAAGCCCGCCAAACCCAAAAAGGCGCUUAAAAGCCCUGCCAAAACCAAGGCGGUGAAGGCCAAGGCCGCCAAACCCAAGACUCCCAAAGCGAAGGUGGCCAAGCCCAAGAAGGGGGCGGCCAAGAAGAAGUGAAGCAGCUUCUGUGACUCUUUCGAUCCCAAAGGCUCUUUUAAGAGCCACCCACUUUCUUUUGAAAAGGGCUGACCUCAUGUGAGUCCUGGCACUCGCUGUGCUUAAGCCAAUCCCCGUUUCAAUGGGGGAACACUUUGAAGUCUGAAGCGCCUGCUUGAAGCUUCCACAAAGACCUCCUGGGAAGGUCGUAGGGACUUCCCAAGUCACUUUCUGGGUGGGGUUUCUGGAUAUUGAAGCAAAAGUGAAUGGGUGGGGAAUCUUCCCUCUGGCUUCUUAUCUUGCGAUCAACAAUAGCAGCUGACUUCCCUAAGUGUUAUGUAGGAAUUCACCAACGGCUCCUUGUUCGCUAAAUGUUGGACAGGGAAUGCGCAAAUAAAAUGCUUGGUGAAUUUUAGGUAGCGCCAUAUUCUCCCGCAAAACCAGAGGGAAAGCGCUGCCUUUCGUUCUUAUCGCGACUAUUAUUGCCCGGAUAUUCCUCCCUAAUAUAUCUUGUUUUAUAUAUUCCCUCACGAUAGCGGAGGAAGGAGGAAAAAGAAUGUCCAGAAAAGGACUAAAAUGAAUGAAUGCAGAUAUGCAGAAUUAUUGCAACCUUUGCAAUUCCUGAAAAUUGCUGAUUGGUUGAGAAAGCUAUGGUUCAUUUAAAAAAAAAUAACCUGGGCUUCACAGAGAUUAGGUGGUGACUUCAUUUUUAACCAAUCAGGGCUAACGCAGGCACUUCGCACAGUUAUGAUCUAAUUGGAUUUCUGCUUUCCUUGCUAUUUAGUUACGAUGUAACGAAGGCAUGUGAAAGUGAUCGGUGUUGCUGUUACGGUGUAUCCCAAUUUUCGGGAAACAUGAGACAAUGUUAUCCAAAAUGGCGCAAUCAUGUCUAAGAGAAACCAUUUGAGGCUUCCUUAAGUCUAGGAAGAAAAACAUGCAUAGUAAACAUUACCAAAGAACUGUUUCAUAAGAAAAAAAAAAGUUAACCAAGGAUGCUUGAGGCACCGUUGGCCAUCAUGCCGAAAUCAUAUGUUGGAAUCGAGUAUUGAAAGCGAAAAGAAAUAUACUAAAUAAAUAUUUCUGUGAACAUACUUUUAGAAAUUUCUUUGAUAAACGGCUUUGUUACAUUUCACAAAUCACAAUUCC